CGCGACGCAGGACACAGAGACAGAGAGAGAGAAAGAGAGAGAGACACACACAGAGAGACACAGAGAGACACAGAGAGACAGGAGCGCUUUCUCUCGCGAUACCGUCCUCUAUAAAACGCUCGUGUCUCCCGGGAGCGCGAGAGCUUUACGCGCAUCAGUGGAUUUCGGACGCGACUCAAGUCCGGGUGGAAAAACUAUUUGUAUAAAACUCCGAGUUGUGAAACAGUGAGGAUCCGGAGGUGCGCUGACAGGGUGUUAGUGAGUGAGGAGAAAAACUCGGAGGACUUUACUGCUUUUAUUUCACUCCUUUUUUACCCCGAACACCGACUCGUAUGAAUCUCCUGGACCCUUUCCUCAAGAUGACGGACGAGCAAGAGAAGGGUCUGUCGGACGCCCCGAGCCCGAGCAUGUCCGAGGACUCCGCUGGGUCUCCGUGUCCAUCUGCCUCGGGCUCGGGCUCGUGCUCGGACGUGGAGAGCGGCGGUUCGCGUGCGCGCGACAACACAGGUGGCGAGCUGAAAAAGGACGCGGACGACGAGCACGAGAACAACGAGAAGUUCCCGCAGUGCAUCCGCGAGGCCGUAUCGCAGGUGCUCAAGGGCUACGACUGGACGCUCGUGCCCGUGCCGGUACGCGUGCACGGCGCCAGCAAAAACAAGCCGCACGUGAAAAGGCCAAUGAACGCGUUCAUGGUGUGGGCGCAGGCCGCGCGCCGCAAACUUGCUGAUCAGUAUCCGCAUCUACACAACGCAGAACUCAGCAAGACUCUGGGCAAGUUAUGGAGGUUGCUGAACGACGUGGAGAAGCGUCCAUUCGUAGAAGAGGCUGAGCGCCUGCGUGUACAACACAAGAAGGAUCACCCUGAUUACAAGUACCAGCCACGGCGAAGAAAAUCAGCCAAGAACGGUCAGGGAGAGGGGGAAGAGGGUGCUGAGCACACGCAUGUCUCCACCAACGCCAUCUUCAAGGCACUGCAGCAGGCUGAUUCUCCAGCAUCCAGCAUGGGAGAGGUGCACUCCCCGAGCGAGCAGUCCGGCCAGUCCCAAGGUCCCCCGACUCCACCCACCACACCCAAAAUUGACGCUCAGGCAGGCAAAAGUGAGCCGAAGCGCGAGGGCCGUCCACUCCAGGAUGGCAUCGGAGUUAGCAUUGGCUCUGGCGUGCAGCGUCCGAUUAACAUUGAUUUUCGAGACGUGGACCUGGGUGAACUGAGCAGCGACGUCAUCUCACACAUGGAGAGCUUUGACGUGGCCGAGUUUGAUCAGUACCUGCCACCUAACGGGCACCCUGGGCAUGGAUGGAUGGGAUCAACAGGCACCAGUUGGAUGGCCAAGAGCCCGAGCUCCAGCCCUCAGGUGGGUGCUGCCAGCCCUGGUGAGGAUCAGAGCCAGCAGAGGACAACUCACAUCAAAACCGAGCAGCUGAGUCCUACCCAUUACGGCUCCUUUAACCUGCAGCACUACACCACUUCCACUUCGUCCUCCGCCUUCCCAUCAUGCAUCAGCCGACCUCAGUAUGACUACACCGACCAGCAAGGCAGCGCCACGUCCUAUUACUCAACAGGCCAGACCUCGAUUUACUCCACCUUUAACUACAUGAGUCCCAGCCAGAGGCCCAUGUACACCCCUAUCACCGAGACCCAAUCAGGCCACAGCCCCCAGCACUGGGACCAGCAGCCUGUCUACACACAGCUCUCCAGACCCUGAGAACACCCCCCCCCACACACACACACACACACUCAGACACACACCCUCUCGUACACACAGAUAUGUACACAUGCAGUGAAGAUUAUUUAACAAGGCUGAUGGCUCCACAUAGAGACCCUUCAUCAAUCCUCCUGUAAAGCACACACUUGAAUACUCUCCAGAGGAAGACUGAAAGGAAAGCUGGACUUUAAAAACAACACAAAAAGAAAAGAGCAGCUCACAAUGUGCCUUUUUCAUCUUUAAAUCGCCUGAUGCCAAUUAGAUAUAUAUUUUUAACCAUGAUUGCGAGAAAAGAGAAACAUUUUUCUGCGAAAAGAAGAAUCCUCUGUGAGGACUUAAUGAAUUAUUGUACUUUAGUAUGUACUGUGUAUGUUUUCGUACCUUUUCCAUAGCCGAUAGAGAUUUUAUUCUGUAGGGAAAACGGUUUAUUUUUUACUAAACCACUCUUAGCAGUUCUGCCUAGUCUUCAUCCUCAUCCUCAUGGUAUUUUAUUUAAUCGGCUUCUAGGAUUCUGUCUGCAGUGCUCGUGGAUCUUCAUGCCGUCGUGUCGUACCUUCACUUCACUUUCAUGUAUUUAUGAUUAUUAAACAAUGAUCCUGAUGCUUUUAGAGUGGUGUAUUUUCGAAAGUUUUUGUACAACCUAUCUGCCUUGUGCACCCUCAGUGCCUGGUCUUGUGACGCUGUUUGUUUUUGGUUUUCGUCGAGGUAGAAUGUGCAGCUGAGAAUUUACUUAGUGCCUGAAAGUGGCAGGAAGUGACCUUUGACCCCAUGUCAUUAUUUCAUACCGUCUCAUCUUUCCGUCCUGACCCUCUUCUUUUUUUUUUUUUUCCCGGUUCAUUCUUAACCUAUUCUAAUUUAUUUAUUAGUCUUAAUUUUAUUUCAGAUUAAUUAAGUGCAUUUUAUUCAUUAAUACUGUAAGCAACUAAUUAUUUGUCGUUGGAAUUUUACCUUUCUGGAUAUUGUAAUGUUUAAUCCAAGUCAUUAAAAUCGAAAGGGUUGCUAAGUAAUAUGGUACAGUUCUGUAAUCAUCUUGUUUAUUUAUCAUAUCUAGAUGUCUAUAUUUUAAAUGUUUGUCUUUUUUUUUCUUCUUCUUGUGUGCCAGCCAGAGGAGAUGAUGAAGUACUGUUAAAGGCUGAUCAAACUGGAACUGUCAGCUUUCUUCCAUCAGGAAGUGUUUUUUUAAAGCUCUGUUUGAAGCUGUAACUGUGUGUGUGUGUGUGUGUGUGUGUGUGUGUGUGUGUGUGUGUGUGUGUGUGUGUGUGUGUGUGCAUGUGUGUGUGUGCGUGUGUGUG